UCUCCCCCCCCCCCUCUCCAGGAUAUCGACUGGGUGCAGACAGAGAAGCAUGUGUUCGAGCAGGCGUCCACCAAUCCAUUCCUAGUAGGCCUUCACUCCUGUUUCCAGACAGAAAGUCGGUUAUUCCUGGUGAUUGAAUAUGUGAAUGGCGGGGACAUGAUGUUUCAUAUGCAACGACAAAGGAAGCUUCCGGAAGAACAUGCAAGAUUUUAUGCUGCUGAAAUCUGUAUCGCUCUGAACUUCCUGCAUGAAAAGGGCAUCAUCUACCGAGACCUGAAGCUGGACAACGUUCUCUUGGAUCACGAGGGACACAUCAAGCUCACAGACUACGGCAUGUGCAAGGAGGGGAUCAGACCAGGGGACACCACCAGUACCUUCUGUGGAACACCCAACUACAUCGCCCCUGAGAUCCUCCGAGGAGAGGACUACGGGUUAGAGGUGCCCUGCAUUGACGGCAAGCCUUCAGACACUCCCUCAUCCAUCGACCCUGGAGAGAGGAAGAAAGGACUGAGUCAUAUGGCAGCAGCUCUACUGACUACAGAAUAA